CUGUAUUAUUGUUGCUUGCCAUGCCUUCACCGACCGCGGCGGCUGCGGCGUCGGCGAUGGUCCAAGGCGCGAUAGAAGCAGAGUUGGCGAAGGAUGUCUUUAAACAAAAACCGUAUGGACAUCAUCAAUUCCCAGUGGACAUCGUUGUCAGUGACGGUCCAGCCGUACAUGCGCAUGUGGACCCGGUUAUUGCUGGUGUACCGAGCGAGGCGGCGCUGCCCCCGUCGCUGCCGGCCUCUAUCGCCCCACUGCCUGUGUCAGGCGAUGGUACUACUCCAUUCGAGGAUUCUUUGAAUCUUCAUGCUGCUGGCGUGGAGGCCGACGGUGGCAUCAUGCACGACGCUGUCAAUGACGACGACCUCAACGAGGACAUCGAAGUAAUUCCGCCAUCCGAGGCCUAUCUCGCGCAGUGCUAUGCCCUCGGUAUCCUCUCCCGUGUCAAGUUUAACGACCUGGACAGCUUUGACCUGCUCAAGGACAAGGUGCGUCAACUGGCGCUCCGGUCGGGUUUUCGCGUGCGGGUACAGCGGCCGUCGUCAGGCCAUCGCCGCGUGUGGAUCUGCAAGAGCAAGCCGCAGUGUCCGUUUGCGAUCAUUGGGAACAAGAACCGACGGGGAGUGAGUCUCGUCACCAAACUCGCGCACAACCACACGUUGCACUCCACCGCGGACGGCGUCCCGGCGCUAAGCCUCUGCGAAGCGACCACACAAGAGAUGGCAACGUUUGUGCGCAACUCGGACCUAUAUGCGACCUCACCCGCGGUUGCGAAGAUCACGGCCCAACAGAUCUCGGACGUUGUCCAUGCCAAAACAGGUUACCACAUCAAUGCGAUGAGGGCUAGUCGGAUCAAGCACUUGCUAUUGGCCGACCCAGAGCAGUACACUGCGCCAGGGAUGUCGGUGCAGUGCCCCAAGGCCACUGCCGCUUCAACGACGACGGGAAUAACUGGAUGGAAGUCACUGGCCGAAGCAGUGUGGGACGGGUUCAUGCUUGUUGUGAACGACCCCGUGACUGUGCAGUCCGUGGGAAUCGUGGCCGUGAAGAAGAUGGUCUCGACCUUUAAGAAACCCUUCCACAAAGAAACCCUUCGCAGCAUCGUGCUCAUGUCCUGCCCGAACCCAGAGGCGCCGCCGUCGACGACCACCAACCGCCCAAGCCCCAUCAAGUUCUUGGACGCGUUCCACAGGCACGAACAGUUUGGGUUUUUCGAGUGAAUAGUGAAUUAUAAUUGGUUGAAAUGAUGAGCGCGUGUAUAUUUAUGCCCAAUGGAAGGGACAUAUAAUUUUACC